UAGAUUAAGUUACGUCGUAGGUAAGAUAAAAAAAAAUAGUUCAUUCAAAUAAAAAAAAUAUGAAAACCAAAUUAUAAUUUUCUUAUUAAAUUAGUCGAACUUACUUGCAAUGAAAGAAAAAACAUACAAAUUUUGUUUUGUUUGGAAAUUUAUUAGUUUGACAUUAGAACAAAGAUAGAAGUUAUUAAGUUAGAACGGAACAAAAAAAAAAAGGAAAGUUAAAAACUUGAGUGCCAAGCACCAAAAGCAACUACACCUGGCCUAACGGCUAACGUCUAUAUAUAUUACCCUCAUUGCUCUGAGUUUUCUCACAAAUUUAUACUUCUCUUUGCAUUAAUUUUUCUGCACUCAAUAAAAAAUUCUACCAUGUCGUCGGCUGUCUCUAUUCAAUUUCACCCUGUUGAAGCAGAACUAAUAAAUCUUCUCAAAAGGUUCUUGAAGGGCGAACAUUUAAGAUGUCCCAUUAAAUUCGUAGAAAUCUAUGGAGACCAAACCCCAUGGCAGUUUUAUGGAUCGGAAGAUAAAUCAGGUUACUUCAUCACUCCGUUGAAGAAGCGGAAGAAAUCAGAUCAGAAGCAUGCUCGAACUUGCGGGAACGGGACUUGGAGAGGCCAAACUAGUGCUGUUCCCAUCAAGAAUCGUAAGGGCGGAUCGGUCGUGGGGUAUCGAAGAAAUUAUAUAUACACUAGUAAAGGAAAUAAAACUAGUGGCAGUGCUACUACUAAUUGGCUGAUGAGAGAGUACUUCGUGGGGGAUGAUUUCUUCAAGGUAAACAACAUUCCCAAGCAAGAUUAUGCACUAUGCAGAAUCAAGAAGCAUGUAAGAGUGAAAAUGGAUGAUGACGAUGAUGCGGUCAAUAUGGAGGAACAGGAUGCUUUGGAAACAAUCCGAGGCAUGUUGCUUCAACCUGAUUCUACCUGCUGCACUACACAAGAAGUUACAGAGGAGACUGAUCAAUGGGAAUCCAUCAUCAAUGAGGUAUGUGAUGAAAAGAUUGAUGGGGUUGAGAACGCAGUGAUGAAUUGGGCUGAUGAUCUUUUUAUAGAUAUCACUGAUUUAGGUGAUAUAAUUUGUUGUCCUUCAGAAUCUAUUUUGGAGAUUUAAUUUUGUGUUCUUCACAAUGUUUUGGUGAUAAACUUACUUGCAACAAGACUUCCCUUGUAUUUAUAUUGAACAUCAUUAGCAAUUUUGACAUUAGCAGCACCACAACUUAUAUAUGUGUAUCCCGGAAUCCCUCUAAUUGUAAGUAAAUAAUUUGGAUGUGAAUUUUCUUUUUUAGCUCAA